GCAGGCUGCCACUGCAUUGCGUUCCACUGUAGGUCUCUACCAUAUUCUCUGUUGCCCCUAGGCUGCACAAGCGGCUGGAUUCUGAGCGCAAUGCAUCUCUCGAAACUCCUUCUCGCACUCGUUUCCCUCCAUGCUCCAUCAGCACUAGCUCGCAACUGGAGCAAGAGCAAAGAUGCCAUUCUACUGUCGAGCGUCAAAGCGCUCACGCUUCGCGAUGGUGCCAUGACCACUCAUCGACGAGUCGAGGCGAUGCCGCAGCUGGUAUGCGUUGGAGGCAAUGCUAAAGGGCUCUACACUGUCGACCGGAUGCGAUGCACCAACUCUGGACACGAAUACGAUAGAGAAGACAUUCAAUGGACCUGCAAAGCUGACCUCCCUAUCGAAUUCAAACUGGGAGGUACAGAUGUCAUCUGCGAAGGCUACGACUCACCAGACGAUCCUUACGUUUUGAAGGGGUCAUGUGCUGUCGAGUAUCGACUCGUUCUCACAAAGGCUGGCGAGGAAAAAUACGGCUUGCCGAAAGACAGCUGGUGGGGAAGUUCACGGAAUGGUGGGCACGACCGCUACGACGAAGGCGGCUCAACACUAGGGAACUUCAUCUUCUGGUGCUUCUUCCUCUUCGUUUUGGGCGUUAUCAUCUGGAGCGUCUGGACUGGAGGUGGUAACAACGGCCAAGGCGGACGACCACGUGGUCCAAGAUGGGGCGGCGGCGGUGGUGGCUAUGAUGGUUUCGACGACCACAACGAUCCGCCUCCGCCCUAUACGCCACGCGCACCGAGACCGAAAUCAACGUAUAACUCAUCUGCCGGGAGCAACUCGUGGCGUCCGGGUUUCUGGUCUGGCACAGCAGCCGGCGCCGCUGGAGCUUAUGCUGCCAACCAGUGGGCUAAUCGCAACAACAGGACAAGAUAUGAUCAACCACAGGCUGGACCAUCGAACUGGUUUGGAGGUGGAGGUGGCAGAAGUGACAGCUUUGCAGCAGGACCAUCCAGAUCAUCAUCAACGCCCAGCUCGACGCGCUACGAGUCUUCGGGCUUUGGAGGAACGAGGCGACGUUGA